CAAGACAGGUGCAGAAAUCCAGCAUUUGUCUACCGCCUGCGAUCCACGUCGGCCUAGCGCGCGAGACUAGCGCCUUCUUGUGCGUGGAUGACGUGGGGGAACACCUUCGCCAGGCCUCAAGACACGAACGAGUCCAGCAAGACAAACGAUGAACAACAUGGCUUCGCGAAUAAACAAUCUGCGCUCGAUAUUGCCGGAUUUGGAAUCUGCGCUCACCUCUUUCACACAUUCGUCAUCGAGGUUCCACAUCGUUCGCACCAUCAACCCCACCAACACACAACCGAAGACACUCUACAUCCUAGACUCCAGUUUCAAUCCGCCUUCGAUUGCGCAUCUUUCGCUUCUACAAUCUGCAUUGCAAGACAAUGGCCAGCUGGAGCAUAGUCCAUACAGGCUACUGCUUUUGUUUAGCACGCAGAAUGCAGACAAGGCUCCCAGCCCCGCAAGCUUUGUGCAGCGCAUCGCGCUGAUGACUGUUUUUGCCGAAGAUUUCUCGCGGACACUGAAGAAUUCGUCUGCUGGCACAGAUCUCGCGAACAUAUCAAUUGACAUUGGCCUUACCAAAGAGCCGUACUAUUCGGACAAAUCGGUAGCGAUAAGGGAUACCAUCCCUCCCUUCUACUCUUCCGAUCCUAUUCACGUUCACCUCACCGGCUACGAUACGCUCAUCCGCUUCUGCAAUCCCAAAUAUUAUCCCAAGUAUGAUCCACCGCUCUCGGCACUGGGCCCAUUCUUUGAUGCUGGCCACAAAUUGCGUGUGACGCAACGACCGGCUGACCCGACUGACAUGUCUUCGAAUGAGUAUGGUUCUGUGGAGGAGCAGCAGAAAUAUGUGGACCACUUGAGGGACGGUACACGUGAGAAAGAUGGCUUCAAGUCGGACUGGGGUCACAGCAUCGAUAUGGUAAAGGCUAAGGAUGGCGUGGGAAUCAGCUCGACAAGGGUGCGGAAUGCUGCGAGAGAGCGCAAGUGGGACGUGGUGCAGGAGCUAUGCACAGAGGGCGUCGCCGCGUGGCUUAAGGAUCAGAGUCUAUACCUUGAAGCUGGUGGUGUCUGAAGGGACAGCACUGCUUCCUCUACGACCGGCAGCGAUAAUGACCUUCAAAUUCGAGCGCUUUCCGGAAGCUUCCUUAGUUCUUUGCUGCUCUUGCUGCCUCACCACCGU